UUCCCAGAAUGCCUGUUCCCUGACUUCUCCCUAGUUUCGACUCCUCCCCAGCGUGGCUGCGACCGGGCAUGCUGGGAACUCAUUUGGCCCGUCUCAUAUCCUGUAAGGUUUUGCUAUUGUGCUUCUAGGAUCUGUACUAGGUGUCCAAAGAGGAAGUCUCCCCACUUUGGGGCUCCCACUCCCUGAAGGAUCACAGUGUGGCUCAAGCAGAGACCCCAGAACCAGAGGGAAUAGCUCCCAGGACCCAGAGGACCCCAUCCCAGCUUGAAAACAGAAGAAAUGUGUGUACAGAGAGAGUAAUCCAGAAAGCAAAGAUCAUCCAGUAGCAGUUGACAACAUUAACUAAUAUCAGGCUUCUUUGCAAUAUAGUCGUCCAUUCCGAGUGUGGAGAAACCCCAUCUCAGAUUUCAGAUGUCCCAGAGGCAGAGACUAAUUUUGAAGUGAAUGAGAUGUCUACAAAGCUGAGGCUUUUUGUGGAAGGAUCUGGACCUCAAAGAUGCAUGAAUGAGGUUCCCCAUGACUUCAUUUUGAGCGAAAUCUGUGACUCUGAUAUCCAGAGCUCAUUAACAUUCAAGGAUGUGGCUGUGGACUUCACCCAGGAGGAGUGGUGCCUAUUGGACCAUUCUCAGAAGGAACUGUACCUGGAGGUCAUGCUGGAGAAUGUGCAGAAUCUAUUCUCUGUGGGUCUUCCAGUUCCUAGAGAAUAUUUUACCUCUUGUUUUCAGCAAGGGAAAGCAACAUGGCUGCUAGAGCAAAAAAACCUAAGGAACUCUUGUCCAGAGGCAGAGACUAAUUUUGAAAUGAAGGAGUUUUCUACAAAACUGAGGAUUUUUGUGGAAGGAUCUGACCCGAAAAGAUGUACGAAUGAAGAUUCCCACAACUCCAUUUUGAGAGAACUCUGUGACACUGAUAUCAAGAUCAAUAAAAAUGUAAAGAGUGAAUAUGAAUUUGAUGACCCUUCAGAGAAAUUCAGACAAUAUUCAGUCCUAAAUCAGUGUGUGAAAUUAAGCUCUGGAAAUGUCUGCUGUCAGGAUAUUCAAUAUAGCAAAUGCUUUCCUGAGGAACUGGGACUUUUUCAGUGGAAUGAGAAACCUUCAAAAAAAACCAUGUAUCAAGGUAACCUAGGAGGAAUAGCCUUUGGCUGCAGUUUAGACUUCAUUAGACAUCCAAACAUUAAUUGGGUAGAAAUGGUUUCUGUGAAGGAUAAAGGAGGGAAAUCUUUCAGUCAAAACUCUGAUCUUGCUCCACAUCAAAUAAUCCAUUCGGGAGAGAAACCUUAUGAAUGUAAACAAUGUGGAAAGGCUUUCAAACGAAGGGACUCUCUUGCAGUACAUCAUAGAAUCCACUCUGGAGAGAAACCUUAUGAAUGUAAAGAGUGUGGAAAGGCUUUCACACAGAGGAGUCAUCUCAAUAAACAUCAGAGAAUCCACUCUGGAAAAAAUCCUCACGAAUGUAAACAUUGUGGAAUGGCUUUCACACAGAGGAGUCAUCUUGCUGCACAUCAGAGCAUCCACACUGGAGAGAAACCUUAUGAAUGUAAACAGUGUGGAAAGGCUUUCACACAGAAGAGUCAUCUUGCUGCCCAUCAGAGAAUCCACACUGGAGAGAAACCUUAUGAGUGUAAACAAUGUGGAAAGGAGUUCAAAUGGAAAGUCUCUCUUGCAGUACAUCAGACAAUCCACACUGGAGAGAAAUCUUAUGAAUGUAAACAGUGUGGAAAGGCUUUCACUCAGAGGAGUCAUCUCAUUAGACAUCAGAGAAUCCACUCUGGAAAGAAACCUUAUGAAUGUAAACAGUGUGGAAAGGCUUUCACACAGAGGAGUCAUCUUGCUGUACAUCAGAGCAUUCACACUGGAGAGAAACCUCAUGAAUGUAAACAGUGUGGAAAGUCUUUCACACAGAGGGGCAGUCUUGCUGCACAUCAGAGAAUCCACACUGGAGAGAACCCUUAUGAGUGUAAACAAUGUAGAAAGGCUUUCAAAUGGAAAGUCUCUCUUGCAGCACAUCAGAGAAUCCACACUGGAGAGAAAUCUUAUGAAUGUAAACAGUGUGGAAAGGUUUUCACACAGAAGAGUCAUCUCAUUAGACAUCAGAGAAUCCACUCUGGAAAGAAACCUUAUGAAUGUAAACAGUGUGGAAAGGCUUUCACACAGAGGAGUCAUCUUGCUGUACAUCAGAGCAUCCACACUGGAGAGAAACCUUUUAAAUGUAAACAGUGUGGAAAGGCUUUCAAAUGGAAAGUCUCUCUUGCUGCACAUCAGAGAAUCCACACUGGAGAGAACCCUUAUGAGUGUAAACAAUGUGGAAAGGCUUUCAAAUGGAAAGUCUCUCUUGCAGCACAUCAGAGAAUCCACACUGGAGAAAAAUCUUAUGAAUGUAAACAGUGUGGAAAGACUUUCACACAGAGGAGUCAUCUCAGUAGACAUCAGAGAAUCCACUCUGGAAAGAAACCUUAUGAAUGUAAACAGUGUGGAAAGGCUUUCACACAGAGGAGUCAUCUUGCUGUACAUCAGAGCAUCCACACUGGAGAGAAACCUUAUGAAUGUAAACAGUGUGGAAAGGCUUUCAAAUGGAAUGUCUCUCAUGCAGCACAUCAGAGAAUCCACACUGCAGAGAAACCUUACAAAUAUAGAUAGUGUGGAAAGACUUUCAUAUAUAGAGGAUCUCUCACUAAACUUCAGAGAAUCCACCCUGGAGAGAAACCUCAUGAAUGUAAAUAAUAUGGAAAGGCUUUCUCAGAGAGAGGAUUUCUCAGUAAACAUCAAAGAAACCUCAUCAAUGUAAACUGUGGAAAGGCUUUCUCUUGUAAUCCAUCAGUUAAUCUACACUAGAGAAAAGAAACCUCAUUUUAUCGGAUAAAAUCAUGCAAUAUUCUAUGUCAUGUAUUUAUCAGUAUUAGUAAUUUUAGAUUAGAAACUUCAUUGAAAAAUUAAUGAAAGUUAGGUAUCCUUCUCAAGGAAGAUAGAAAUCUCUCCUUUUGAAGAGUAGAGAAAUUUCACUCCUGUUCAGCAAUGUUUUAUAGAUACAUAAAUAUCCGCCUUUUAUUCACUUUUUUCUAAUGUGGCCAAAAUUUUGCCCUUUUUUUCCUUUAAAAAUUUUUAAUAAAUGGAUUAAGAUGUUAGAUUGCCAUUCCUAUGGGAAAAGUCUUGAAACGUGCAACUACAAUCUUAACUCUGUCUCCUAAAUGUUUCAGUUUAAAAGGCCUUCGCCAUGUCUAAAUUCUGGCUUAACUUAAAAAUUGCAAACUUAAGAAAUGACCCAUGAGAUGUUAAGAUUAAAAUUUACCAAAACUGUGCAGGUAAAAAUUAGUUUCUUUGUAAAGGUGUAUUAUAUUUUAGAGGUUUAUUAAAGAUUAGGAAUUUAAGAAGAUACAAGUAAGAAAAGCAGGUGCCUAGGUGGGCCAAGAGGCCCAUUCAAUUUCACUUACAUCAUGAGAGACGCAUCUGCUGGGAAGGGGAAGUAGCAAGAGGGAAAAACCAUAGGUAGAGAUUCUUUAAAUAAUAAUUUGUUCUCAGCCCAGGUGAGAAUCUCAGUGAGAUUAGAGUGCCUCUUGGGAACUAGAGCAAGGACUUCUGGGGAUUGGAGUCUGGGGUUCAAGUCUCCAUUUUUACAAUUCUCCAUGUGAUCGUUUGGGAAGAAGGACUUACACAAAGGAUUGUGAAAACCUAAUCAAUUUAAAGAUUACAAUAAUUUGAGGAUAAGUAAAAAAAAAGAACAAAACCAAUAAUUGCUGGACGCAUUGACAAAAAGCCAGUUAAGGGGCAGUCCCCUUUGGCAUGAAAGUAUACUUGCAAAUAAAUGUUCAAUCAACUACA